AUGGCAAAAACUCGGACUGAGAUUGAGAAGGCUCACAGAGAGCGCAAAGAGGUCGUCAGAACAGAAACACUUCUUGAAGAGAAACUACUGUCCCGUCAAAAGUCCCCGACCCUUCUCGUCAACAUAGUCCAAGACUCUUCCCGUCAACACAGUUACCGACCCUUCCCGUCAACACAGUCCCCGACUUUUCCCGUCAACACAGUUCCCGACCCUUCCCGUCAACACAGUCCCCGACUUUUCCCGUCAACACAGUCCAAGACUCUUCCCGUCAACACAGUCCACGACUUUUCCCGUCAACACAGUCCCCGACCCUUCCCGUCAACACAGUCCCCAACUCUUCCCGUCAACACAGUUACCGACCCUUCCCGUCAACACAGUCCCCGACUUUUCCCGUCAACACAGUUCCCGACCCUUCCCGUCAACACAGUCCCCGACUUUUCCCGUCAACACAGUCCAAGACUCUCCCGUCAACACAGUCCACGACUUUCCCCGUCAACACAGUCCCCGACCCUUCCCGUCAACACAGUCCCCGACUCUUCCCGUCAACACAGUCCACGACUCUUCCCGUCAACACAGUCCAAGACUUUUCCCGUCAACACAGUCCCCGACCCUUCCCGUCAACACAGUCCCCGACUUUUCCCGUCAACACAGUCCAAGACUCUUCCCGUCAACACAGUCCAAGACUUUUCCCGUCAACACAGUCCCCGACCCUUCCCGUCAACACAGUCCCCGACUCUUCCCGUUAACACAGUCCAAGACUCUUCCCGUCAACACAGUCCACGACUUUUCCCGUCAACACAGUCCCCGACCCUUCCCGUCAACACAGUCCCCGACCCUUCCCGUCAACACAGUCUCCCACCUCUCUCGUCAACACAGUCCCCUCCCCUGUCAUCAACACAGCCCCCUCCCCUCUCAUCAACACAGUCCCCUCCCCUCUCAUCAUCACAGUCCCCUUCCCUCUCAGCAACACAGUCCCCUCCCCUCUCAUCAACACCGUCCCCACCCUUCACGUCAACAGUUCCCGACCCUUCCCUUACCGACCCUUCCCGUCAACGCAGUCCCCGACUUUUCCCGUCAACACAGUUCCCGACCCUUCCCGUCAACACAGUCCCCGACUUGUCCCGUCAACACAGUCCAAGACUCUUCCCGUCAACACAGUCCACGACUUUUCCCGUCAACACAGUCCCCGACCCUUCCCGUCAACACAGUCCCCGACUCUUCCCGUCAACACAGUCCACGACUCUUCCCGUCAACACAGUCCAAGACUUUUCCCGUCAACACAGUCCCCGACCCUUCCCGUCAACACAGUCCCCGACUUUUCCCGUCAACACAGUCCAACACCCUUCCCGUCAACACAGUCCAAGACUUUUCCCGUCAACACAGUCCCCGACCCUUCCCGUCAACACAGUCCCCGACCCUUCCCGUCAACACAGUCCAAGACUCUUCCCGUCAACACAGUCCACGACUUUUCCCGUCAACACAGUCCCCGACCCUUCCCGUCAACACAGUCCCCGACCCUUCCCGUCAACACAGUCUCCCACCCCUCUCGUCAACAGAGUCCCCUCCCCUGUCAUCAUCACAGUCCCCUCCCCUCUCAUCAACACAGUCCCCACCCUUCACGUCAACAGUUCCCGACCCUUCCCUCCCCGACCCUUCCCGUCAACAGAGUCCCCGACCCUUCUCGUCAACAUAGGCCAAGACUCUUCCCGUCAACACAGUUACCGACCCUUCCCGUCAACGCAGUCCCCGACUUUUCCCGUCAACACAGUUCCCGACCCUUCCCGUCAACACAGUCCCCGACUUGUCCCGUCAACACAGUCCAAGACUCUUCCCGUCAACACAGUCCACGACUUUUCCCGUCAACACAGUCCCCGACCCUUCCCGUCAACACAGUCCCCGACUCUUCCCGUCAACACAGUCCACGACUCUUCCCGUCAACACAGUCCAAGACUUUUCCAGUCAACACAGUCCCCGACCCUUCCCGUCAACACAGUCCCCGACUUUUCCCGUCAACACAGUCCAAGACUCUUCCCGUCAACACAGUCCAAGACUUUUCCCGUCAACACAGUCCCCGACCCUUCCCGUCAACACAGUCCCCGACUCUUCCCGUCAACACAGUCCAAGACUCUUCCCGUCAACACAGUCCACGACUUUUCCCGUCAACACAGUCCCCGACCCUUCCCGUCAACACAGUCCCCGACCCUUCCCGUCAACACAUGCCUGUUCCAAUUCAUCAACAUUCUGCACUGGUGGCUCCCUCUGACAGAUUUUACGUCCAAGAAUGUCCCAGAUCAGCUCGAUGGGAUUGAGGUCUGGGCUUCUGGCUGGCCAAGAACAGUGCUUGGUGCAAAAGGAAACCGCCGUACAAUCCUCAUAAGUGCUGCAUCCUCUCUUGCUGACGUACAGCGUGGUCUACCAGGACGUUGA